AUGGCAAUAGUGACGACGAUCGUUUCGGCAAUAAAAGCCGCCACACUAUUGAUAGGAAUUGGAAAAUUGUCAAUUCUUCCUGUGCUAAUAGCAUCGCUGGCAUAUUACAAUUACGACCUGUUCGAUCCCGAGAACAGGCCGGCGGUCGUCACCCAGGAGCAGAUGCUCAAGACCUACGAUUUCAUAAUCGUGGGGGGCGGAAGUGCGGGCUCCGUUUUGGCCAAUAGGCUAUCGGAGAAUCCCAACUGGAAUGUCUUGCUCCUCGAAGCUGGUGGACACGAGACCGAAAUUUCUGAUGUGCCCAUUCUAUCGCUCUACUUACAUAAAAGUAAAAUGGAUUGGAAAUACAGGACUCAGCCUCAAAAAUCGGCUUGCCAGGCAAUGGAAGACCAGCGCUGUUGCUGGACGAGGGGAAAAGUUUUAGGUGGAUCCUCAGUGCUGAACACCAUGCUGUAUAUCAGAGGAAACAGAAGAGACUUCGAUCAUUGGGAAGCUAUGGGUAACACAGGAUGGAGUUACGAAGACGUAUUGCCCUAUUUCAAGAAAAGCGAGGACCAAAGGAAUCCCUACUUAGCUAACAAUCCAUAUCAUUCGACAGGUGGAUAUCUGACAGUGCAAGACGCCCCGUACAACAGCCCCCUCGGCGCCGCUUUCCUGCAAGCCGGCGAAGAAAUGGGAUACGACAUAAUUGACGUCAACGGGGAAAAUCAAACUGGUUUCGCGUUCUACCAAUAUACGAUGAGACGCGGAGCGAGAUGUAGCACAUCCAAAGCUUUUUUGCGACCGAUUCGAUUACGUAAAAAUCUGCACAUUGCUUUAUUCUCGCAUGUAACAAAGGUCAUUAUGGAUCCCCAAACCAAACGAGCACUCGGAGUGCAAUACAUACGCAACGGUGAAUUACACAAGGUGUACACUAAACGAGAGGUCAUAUUGUCAGCAGGUGCCAUUAACUCUCCGCAGUUACUCAUGCUGAGCGGCAUAGGUCCGGCUAAUCAUCUACGAGAGGUCGGAAUCGACGUAAUACACGACUCACCGGGCGUCGGACAAAACUUGCAAGAUCAUAUUGCCAUAGGUGGUAUAGCCUUUCUCAUAGACCACCCUAUUAGUAUUGUUAUGAGAAGAUUGGUGACAAUUAACUCCGCACUGCGAUACGCGAUCACGGAAGAUGGACCGCUCACGUCUUCUGUAGGUCUGGAAGCGGUUGGUUUUAUCUCCACCAAAUACGCCAACCAAUCUGACGACUGGCCAGAUAUAGAAUUUAUGUUGACAAGUGCAUCGACAAACAGCGAUGGUGGUACCAAUAUUAAAACUGCCCAUGGGUUAUCCGACGCCUUUUAUAAAGAAAUGUUCGAAGAUAUCAACAAUAAGGAUGUUUUUGGCGUUUUUCCCAUGAUGUUACGUCCGAAAAGUAGAGGAGAGAUCAAGUUAAAGUCUAAAAACCCCUUGGAGUAUCCACUACUCUAUCACAACUAUCUAACUCAUCCCGACGACGUCGGCGUACUACGAGAGGGCUACAAGGCAGCAUUGGCCGUGGGCGAAACUCAAGCUUUGAAAAGGUUUGGGUCACGCUGGCAUAGUCGCCCGUUGCCUAACUGCAAGCAUUUACCACUUUACACAGACGAGUAUUGGGAUUGCGCGGUGAGACAAUACACGAUGACGAUCUAUCACAUGUCCUGCACCGCCAAGAUGGGCCCGGACAGCGACCCCAUGGCCGUAUUAGAUCCUCAACUGAGGGUUCGUGGCGUCAAGGGGUUGAGAGUGAUCGAUGCCAGCAUUAUGCCAACAAUUACCAGUGGAAAUAUCAACGCACCCGUUAUAAUGAUAGGAGAAAAGGGCGCCGAUAUGGUCAAAGAAUUAUGGUCCCAGAGCCCGACGAAACGAAGAAAACGACGAGCAUCUGAAGUAUGUGAAGAUUUCAAUAAAACUAUUUCUAUUAAUGGAAAAUCUUAG